AUGCUUUUCCAAAAUGUUAAUGGUCUAAGAACAAAGUUUUCACUACUUUGCCAAUCGCUAAGUCAUUCGAUCUACGAUAUUGUUGUUUUAGUUGAAACCAAUCUCACACCCGAUGUCAGUAAUUCUGAACUUGGAUUUGACAACUAUACUGUGUACAGGUGCGAUAGAUCAUCUUUAUCGAGUCUCAAAACUGGUGGUGGGGGCGUCUUGGUGGCAAUCAGAAAGGAUCUCGAUUCUUGGGAGCUCCACCCGUCCAGUGGCUGUAUUGAGUGUGUCUUCACAACCAUUAAGCUCAAUAACUCCUUUUUCUUCCUGGGCGGUGUGUAUCUACCCCCCAACCUGAACUCAUCUCAGUACAUUGAAUUCUCCUCCCUACUUGAGGAACUCUUUGUUGCCAAUCCUAUCUUUAACAUCAGGUUGGUGGUGGGUGACUUCAACCUACCAAAUGUUGAUUGGACUAAUCCCUCUUCUUGCCUCUUGGAUCUAUCUGCACAGACUGUAUACGAUGUUAUGUCCUUCCUAAAUCUCAACCAAUAUAACUACAUCAGAAAUGAGCGAGGUGUUCUUCUCGAUUUGGUCUUCGCUUCUGAAGCCUUACGCGUCCUAAAUGCCUCUGACCCGCUCCUUGCAGCCGAAUGCCAUCAUCCUGCUUUGGAAAUGGAAAUCUUCGUGCGCCCCAAAGAAGAACUGAAUUAUGGUGUCUUUACUCCCAAUAUAAGAAAAUGUGACCUUAACUUCGUGUUUGAAUGGGUGCAACGCCUAAAUUACCCUCUACUUGAUGUUACAGACUCUGUUGACCAUAGGUUUUAUGAAUUUUGCUCACAGUUAAGUUGCACUAUUAGAAAAGCAAGCCCACCCAAAUAUAUGGGAAUCAAGCGCUUCCCUGUUUGGUUUUCUCCCGAUCUCAAACAGAUGAUAAUCAAAAAGAAGACUUUACAUAGGCGCUUCAAACAGAGUCUUGAUGAUCGGACUUAUCUUCAGUUCUGUGGUGCUCGUGCUACCUGCAAAAGACUGGCGAGAGAAUGCUACUCGACAUACAUCCGCACUGUUGACUCGUCUAUUCAAGGAAACAUUCGUGCCUUCUGGAAUCAUAUAAAAUCUUCUAAGAGGGUACCGUCUCUUCCCUCAAAAAUGCAGCUUGAUGAUGAAUCUGCGGACAACCCGCAGGGUAUCUGUGAUUUGUUCGCCAAGUUCUUUUCCUCGGUCUACAGGCCCUCGUCACAAAAUCCACCAGUGUACAACCUUAAAGCAACAACUUCUAUAUUUUCAUGUCAAUUCACCUGUGAAGAAGUGGAGGCUGAGUUGAAGUCGCUCGACACAAACAAGGGUGCUGGCCCCGAUGAUAUCUCUCCUAUGAUCCUGAGGCAUUGCUGCGGUGUAAUAUCGCCUCAUAUCACAGUUUAUUUCAACGCUCUUAUGGCUGCUGGCAUCUUUCCUACUUACUAA